CAGUAGCUGCUCCUGGCUGCUCAGCUCAGUAGUAUUCUAACCUCACAAUCUAUUAUAAAAAAUAAAUAGUAUAAUUUUGCAUUUAAAUUAUGGCAAAAUGGAACAAAAUUACGCGGAAGAGCUCGGGUUAAGUACCAGCGAGGCUUUAAACAAACUCUAUGUCGAAAUUGAAUCUGUCUUAUUACAAUUUAAAUAUUCGCAGAAAUCUAGGAAAUCGAAAAAUUUGGCCUGGAUAAGAGACGCAUUAAGUCUGAAAAGCAAGAAUACUACUAUAGAUUGGAUUGCCGCAGGUUUCCAGCUUUGGACUUCUUUGGCAUUGGUGUUGGGUUACUGUUUGGACGGAGAUAAUGUGGAAUUAUACGAAGCGUUUAUAAUUUUCGUUCUUUUAAUCCUUAAUAUAUCUAUAGAGCUUUACAAUAAUAAAUUACGACACAAUGAGAUACCAAAUCGAGUUGAAAUGGUGCUGGAUAAGUUGAAAAGGGAGAUGAAUCAUAUUAAUUGGAAGCCAGAAAAUUACGCUAAUCUUUAUACACCGUUAUCACCCUGUAUUACGUUACAAUGGACCUACAGGGAUGGGCACCUAAUUCAUUUACCAUGGGCCUUACUAGUCAAGGAUGAUAUUAUUUUAGUAAAACCUGGUCAGAUUUGUCCAGGAUAUUGUGAAGCUUUAGAUAAACAAACUGAACAUCAGAUUCUACAUGCAAAAGAGAUUUACUCUCCUUCGCUUCAAAAUGCCAAUGAAAUAUUUAGUGCACCGAAAUCAAAGAAGCCUUUGGAAGCAAAAAAAUACAGAUUACUAGAGACUCCGUAUUUAUAUAAUUUGAAAAUAUCUUUGGAAGAAGCGUUAGAUCGGCCUGUGACUCAACACAAUCAACAAAGGCACUUUGUUAUGGUCAAAGUUAUAGAAUAUAUAGUUUUACCUGUAAUGUUUUUACUUGUAUUUUCUGCUAAUGUUUUCAGAUAUUUAUAUUUUCAACAAUAUCUAGGACAUUAUUCUAUAGCUAAUAUGUUUUUUAUAAGUCCUAGUAAUGCAAUUUUACCACUUCUGCCAAUUGUUUUCCCGUUGGUAUGGAAUGUAUCGAAUUGUAUUGGAAUGGCAAGAUUUAAAGCGAUUUUUGACGCUUCAAGACUGUUUCGACCAAAGUACAAUCCUUUAGAAGAAGACACCGAUACAACAAAUGAAUAUAACGAAGACCUGAAAUGUUCUUGGAAGGAAAUCUAUAAAAAUUUCAUCGAUAUUUGUAAAGGAAACCCAGAAAUUCUUUGCAGAUCUGAAAAUAUUUUACACGUGUUGGGAUCUGUGUCUGCUUUAGGCUGUGUAGAUAAGAAAGGAAUCCUUUCCUGGCCUAAUCCUACUGCCGAGAAAGUGUUUUUCUUACACAAUAGGGACCAGGAUACGGAUAGUUCAGAAACAAGUUUAGUCAAUGUGAAUGAUUUAGCCACAGAUCAAUCCACAGAAACCACAGGAAAUAUUAAUUUUGAUGCGGAUAGCCCUUUAAGUGCCACGCCUGAAGUAUUAGACCUGACUCACAAUCACAGUGAACCUUUCAGACUACAUUUUGACGAUCACAACUGGCAAAAAUAUUUGUCUUCAUUGAAACCCCUCGGUUUGGGCAUUCUGUUAAACACUUGCAAUUUGGACACACAAGAUCGCUAUUCACACUUUUGUUCACACAUUACGUGUGAGGCGAUGUACAAUGAGAACUUGGUACCCGUGACUAAUAGGAGGUGUUUGUGUGAACUGGCUAAGGAGAUCGGUUUUUUGGAUCAGGCACAGAAAAUUUUCAAUUUGGAACAACAAUUGUCUGUAUUUAGGCAUCUGCAACCGGAAAUGGUACGACGUGAUAACAAAUACGCUAGGACUUUACAACUAUCUACAAGACUUAAAUUUCCAUUUCCUCAUGCUUUUGCUGUUGUUGUAAAAGAGUUAUGUAGUGGAAAUAUGCAGCUUUUGAGUGAAGGUACAGCUGAUAUUAUUCUAGAUUGUUGCAUGGAUUAUUGGGAUGGAGCGGAUUUAUGUCCACUGAGUCAUUCCGAUAGGAAGAAGAUUCAAGAUUUUUACCAAAGGAGUAGUUUAACCGCAUACUGUACAGCAUUUGCCUAUAGACCUUUAUCGAAAUCUGUAAGCGACUCAUUAAGCGAGGUCUAUCUGGAACUACCCAGCGACAGCAGGCAUCUUUAUAUGACCCAUAGAAGUCCAACACCGGUUCACUGGGACUGCAAAAGUGUCCUGGACCCCAAAAUCAGAAACACACAAUUUUUUAGUACAGAUUCCUUGUUAUACAACGACUACCCUGUAGGUAACAACAUUUCCGAUACGGAGAGUUGUUUUCAGAUGCAGUGCAAUCAGAUUUUUAUCGGUAUGGUUACCAUGCAAUAUCAGGCUCUCACAGAUAUGGUUCAACUUAUAGAGCAAUUAGAGAGGGCCUGUAUAAGAUUCGUGCAUUUUAGCAAAGAAAAUGAACUAAGAUCGAGAGUUUUUAGUGAAAAAAUGGGUUUGGAAAGUGGCUGGAACUGUCAUAUUUCUUUGCUAAGUGACAGAAAUAGACCAGAUAGUACCUCUCAACCAGUAAUGUCGGAUGGGGUGACAGAGCCCGUUAAUAGGGGGCGCUCAACAGACGUGGAUGGUUACGGCGUUGAUGACAGAUCAUGUCUAUUGGAUAGCAACCUAGAAUCAUCGAGAACUAUGAGUUUCUCAGCUCCUAGCGCUAUUAACAUGGAACAUUCUGUGGUGAAAUUUGACACAGAAGUGGAGAAGUUCCACGUUGCCAGACGUCAGAGCGAGAACCAUGAGGACACGACUAGUCAGGACAGUGUCCCUGUUCAUGCAGAUAGUACCACGCAUGAUUGGCAAUCUCUCAGCUGCUUAACGGAUAGUACUGAGCAUAGUGCUCCGAUCAAUUUUGAUAUGAGCAACAGGGCUAAGUUACCAAGAGGCAUCGAUAAGAUAAGGCCUCACAUCGAACUGAUCGACAAUGUACCAUUGCUGGUGUCUCUGUUCACUGACUGCACACCAACAGCUACCAGGGAAAUGCUAAGGAUUAUGCAGGACUAUCAUGAAGUAGUUUGUAUUUUAGGCUCGUCUCAAAACUGUGAUAAUGCAGGCAUAUUCAUGCAGGCUGAUGCAUCGAUAUCCGUGGAGCCCUUAUAUCCGCAAGUAUGCCAGAAAAUCGAGGUUUACAAGAAAGCAGAAGGUUUCAGCCCUACAGAUCUGUCUUGUUUAUUGAAUUCUAUAGCUUGUGCGCUGACUAUAAACCGUGCUGACCCCAUCUCCAUCUACCAUUUAAUAAUGGAAGCUAGGAAUUUUGGAGCGACCCUGUGGAGUUCAGUACAAUUUUGGCUGUGUUGUUGCGUGGUGUUGAGUCUGAUGCAGGUUUCCGCUGUAGUUCUGAUGUUACCCGAACUUUUGACCACCGGUCACAACCUAUGGCUUGCAGGAGUUGUGGUUCCGGUGAUAAGCAUGGCCUUAUCCAUGAACCCAGUCGAUCCUGACGUUAUGAAGAAACCCAUCGGGAAAUCCCAAGCUCUUUUUCGAUGGGAUACGGCUGUGUUUAUAUUCUGGUGUUACGGCCUUAAAUUUUUACCUACUGUGGUAACCGUUUUGAUAUGUUAUGCUGGCAUAUUGACUAGUCAUUGUAACCAAAUGUGUUCAGAACCUUUUACAGAAUUAGGACCUUGUAGAUGCGUGUUUUUUUACAAUCCAACUGGCUAUCGAAACAUCACAGAUGGCGAUGAUGUAGGUGGCUUUGAAGAAGGCAGUUGGACACUGAUGACAGCUAGAUUAAUAGUGAUAUUUAUUGUUCUGUUGCAUUUUGUUGUUAUAUCUGUUGGAUUUGUACAUAGGGAUCGCCUUUGUUACAGGAAAUUUCCCCACAGCAACCUAGUUUGGUUGGUAACAAUUUUCACCUUGGUUUUCUUACAGAGCCUGUACUUAAUAUUCACAUACAGGUUGUUCGUUCAAACACUGCCAGACAAUGAAAAAUUCGACAUGCCUUUAUGGGUGAUCUUAUUUGGGGCACUGUCGCCAAUAUUUGUUUUCCUAAUAAACGAAGUAGUGAAAAAGCAAGAGAUCAUGGUGAAUAAAAGAUUUCUAAAAAGAGCUCGUCUAGAUUUUGGAACCAAACUAGGAAUGAAUUCGCCUUUUUAAUUGUUUUUUGUCUUGAAUAUCGUUACGAUUAUUUAAAAACGAGUGCCAUUUAACUGUAAUUUUGAAUGCCUUCUAUGGUACUUUGGAACUGAUUUCAUCACUAUACAGGGUAUUUCAAAAAGUAAAGAUGUAAAAAAAUUAAAGUUAAAUUUUCUUGUGUGAUUUUAAGCAAAAUUACAAUAUAUUUAAAUAUUCUAUUGAAUUCUAAAAAUUCUCUUAAAUUUAUUUUGUCAAUUUUAUUGAAACAAAGUUUUAUGUAAUUUAUAGAUAAUUUUAUAUAUAUGUUACGGUUAAGGUCCGAUGUCCGGUUAAUGUCGACAUUACCCGGUUAAUCUCGAGAAUAACACACAACAAAACAAUCAAAAACAUAAUCUAACCUAAAUAUUAACAUGUUAAUGUCGACAUUAACUGGACAUCGGACUGUAACCGUAACAUAUACAUACAUUGUCUUUUUUUUUCUUUAAAUAAUUUGAAU